GAGGAAGAGAGAGAAAAACCUCGCAGCCGCCGCCGCCGCAGAGCAGCAGCCAUGGUGCUCGCGCGCAAGAAGCUCAAGCAGAAGCUCCGCGAGGUCGUCCUGAAUCCCGGAGGAGAUGCCGAGGGGGAGGUGGAGGCGGAGGAGGGGGUCGUCUCCUCGUCCAGGUCCAAGCGGGUCCGGCCGAAGCGACCCAAGAAGGUGAUGACUCCGAUGGAGGCAGUGGAGAGGCGGAAGCUGAAGAGGGAGGAGCAGUUCAGGAGGGAGGUGGAGCUGAGGAGGGAGGAGAGGAGGAAGGUGAAGAAGGAGAAGAGGCGGAUUAGGAGGUUGAUGGAGACGGAGGCGGCGGGCGAAGUGGGUGAGGCGGCGGCGGAGGAGGAGGAGGAGGAACAUGAGGCGGAAACGGAGGGUGAGGAAGAGGCGGCGGCGGAGGAGCAAGUUCCGGCCAAGGUGGUUGAGAAACGCAAGCCCAAGUCGGAGCCCAAGGUGAAGAACCAGAAGCAGCUGCAAGUAGCUGACCAUGCAGUUGGAUCUGACGAUCCCGUCUUGUCGGAGGAGAGCGAGAAAAAUGCGAAGAAGGUGUAUGUUGGGGGCAUCCCAUACUAUUCCUCCGAGGAUGACAUAAGAAGUUUCUUUGAAGCAUGUGGCAGCAUCACAUCAGUGGAUUGCAUGACAUUUCCCGAGAGCGGGAAAUUCAGGGGCAUUGCCAUUCUCACGUUUAAGACUGAUGCUGCCGCACAAAGGGCAUUGGCUCUUGAUGGUGCAGAUAUGGGAGGAUUUUUUUUGAAAAUUCAACCAUACAAAUCUGUCCGUGAAAAGGAAGAUUUUGCACCAAAGAUGAUAGAGGGAUACAAUAGGGUUUAUGUUGGAAACCUGGCAUGGGACAUAACAGAGGAUGACUUGAAGAAGUUCUUUUCUGAUUGCAAAAUCUCAUCCAUCCGAUUCGGAACAGACAAGGAGACAGGUGAUUUCAAAGGCUAUGUGCAUGUGGAUUUUUCUGAGGGUACAUCUGUUGCUGUUGCAAUGAAGCUUGAUCAGAAGGUGAUUAAGGGGCGGCCAGUCAGAAUUAGAUGUGCUGUCCCCAAGAAGGACAAUCAGAAGCUCAAUGGCAAUGCAAAUCCAGAUUCAUCAAAUAAUAAGAUACGGAUUUGUUAUGAAUGUGGCACGCCUGGUCAUAUCUCUUCUUCUUGCCCUAAUAAGAAGGCUUCUGAAGCCAUUUCUGAUGAAAAGAAGGCUAAUGUUGACUCAGUCACAGCAUCGUCAAAGAAAAGGCGGACAUGCUAUGAAUGUGGCAUUCCUGGCCAUCUCUCAUCGGCUUGCCCAAACAAGAAGGCCGGCGAUGCUGUUUCUAGUGACAAGGGGCCUGAUGAUGAGACAAAGUCUGCACCAUCUAUCACUCCCGAGGAUAAUAAAAUAGGUGAAGAAUCAAAUUCAGCUCCCUCCAAGAAGAGGCGGAAAUGCUAUGAAUGCGGCAUUCCUGGUCAUCUCUCAUCAGCUUGCCCCAACAAAGUUGCUGCAGUCAAUUCUGACAUGGAGAAAUCUUAUGGUGGCUCAAGUACUAUACCUUCAGCCACUUCAGAUGGAAAUAAGGCUAGUGAUGACACAAACCCUGUGCCUGCGAAGAAAAAGAAGAGGCGGACAUGUUAUGAAUGUGGCAUCGCUGGCCAUCUCGCGUCGGAAUGCCCAAACAAAACUACCUGAUCGAAUGGUUGUGUUACUGUUUUGGAUUUUUGUAGCACUAGAAGUGUCCUUCACUGGACACGAGUUAUAUUCAUGGAAGGGAUAAAGAAUUUGAUUCAGAGAAAUUUUUGUAGGCAAUCUAGUGUGCAAUAGACACUUAUAUUUCUUUUACCUUUGUCAAAAUAUGACUGCAUCCUGAUUCCUGAUAUCAUAGAGCAGGCAAUGAAUCAAUCAUUAUUCAAUCUAUGACCUCUAUAUCUUUCUGA